ACCCACCCAAACGCACGCACAUUUUGGCCCCCUAUCGCCCUCCUACCCUCUGACGCAGCAUGUCGGUGCAAGCAGACGAAAGCCAGCCACCCCCACCGUCUCCUAAUGGGUGGGGUGAUCACGGAGGGCAAAUAGAGACACUUAUUGAUACUCUCAGAGUGUGAGUAACUGAAGAAGGGGAGAUAGCGUCUCAAACAAAUACACGGCGGUCUGAGAGAGUUACUGGGAUGGUGGCCGAGGAGAUCGUGGUGUCCCUCUCAGGUGGAGCCCCGUGGGGCUUCAGGCUGCAGGGAGGAGCAGAACAGCAAAAGCCUCUACAGGUGGCAAAGGUACGCAGGCGCAGCAAAGCAUGCCGAGCCGGACUUAAAGAGCACGAUGAACUGGUUGCCAUUGGCGACCACUUGUGCGCGGAGCUCAGUCACGCUGAGGCCAUGAGCCUGAUAGAUACAGAGAGCGCCACACUGGAUCUGAGAGUCAAAAGGGCUCCCUCUGGACUCCACUCCUCAUCUUUCUCUGGCCGUUCCGUGUCCAGAGUCGUGUCUCCGCCCGCUGCGCCCCUCAGAUCCGGCAGUUCUUCCCUCCUCUCUCCCACCGACAUGCCCCGGGGCAUCACCUCCCCCCCAGACAGCGAGGCGUACUACGGAGAAACGGACAGCGACGCGGACACACACUCUCACACUCACCAGAGACGCCAACGACGCACACCUCCCCAUGCUCGCUCACCCUCGCGCUACGAAAAUCAAGAGGAGGAGACCUCAGAGAUGAGCGGAUAUGAAAGUGCGACGGACGCCGCAGUGGCCACUCAGGCCCACUGGAAUGGUCAGUGUCUUGUCGGUGUCCCUCGCAGAGAGCUCAUCUACGUGCCCCCUCAGACGGAGUGGACCACCCCCGUGCACACACAACACACUCCAAACCCUCACACACUCACUCCGACUCCCGACCAGGGGGCGUUGGAUGUAGAAGGAGAAGGGGACAGCGGAUUCCAGGAGGCCGGAGCAUGCACUUCCCUGAGCUGCCCGCCUCUGGUGUCACCAGAACGGGCCAAAGAGGCUCUGAGGCUGAGCUCCGGCGGUCAACUGGUGCCCAUGGUUGGCCUACAGCAGACCCCUGUGAACGACGAACUCUCCACCACGUACAUGGACAAAGCUCGACAGGCCAAGCUGCAGCGUGGAGAGAGUGUUGUGGAGAAACAGGUGAAGGAGGCUCGAACCAAAUGCCGUUCAAUUGCAUCUCUGCUGACUGACGCCCCAAAUCCCAACUCAAAGGGGGUUCUUAUGUUCAAGAAACGCCGGCAGAGAGCCAAGAAGUACACGCUGACCUGCUUCGGCAAAGCUGAGGGUGACAGAGGAGGGGAGACAGAAGGAGAGACCGGAGGAGAGACUGAGGAGGAGGGAGGAAGUUCAAUCCUGAGUGGCUCAGAAGUUGAUGAAGAAGGAUUUUCAGCAUCUUUUGACCCGACGUGGGAUUCUGGUUAUCUUGACCUGCUGGACAGGAGAAGCUCCGCCUGUCCAUCGACAACUCCGACCACUCCAACCACACCAACAGCCAAUCACGGUGCAGAGCUGGACCUCUCGGUUCAUCAAACACCGCGACUUGUGAUUUCUGACAAUCAAAGUCCAGGGUUCGUGGUCUCAGGGUUGGAGAGCUCAGCGAAGCACGGCUCAAGGCUGGAGAGCAACAUCUCAAAACCAUCAUUUGGUCACCACUCCUCUCAAAUGUCUCCUCCAGCGGUGGCUCUGACCAAUGGGGGGUCGGUCGCUGUCAGCCGUGCCAGCGUUGUUCUGACCUCGCCCUCACAGACACUCCUUCCGAGUCAAAAUGGGCACCACGGCAACCCCGGUUCAACUCCUAACCCUGACUUUAAUUCAGGCCCAAACACAGACUCGCUCAGCUUCGGUGCUAAUCCGAGUGUCCUGAACCGCACAGCCCGCCCCUUCACCCCUGGCUCCACUCCUUCUCGUGCAUCCGUGACCUCUGUGAUGUUCCGGCCCCCGCAACCCAAGCCCACCGCCAUAACCAUGGCGACCAAACCUGUGGCCGCCGUAUCCAUGGUGACUCUCUCGCCUACUCAACACCAACCUGAUGCAAGGAGAGCGGUGUCUAGCACCUCUCUGUACAUCCCUCCAAGAAAUAACAACAGCAACCCUCCCUCAGCAGUCCUUUCACCUCCAUUCUCCGUGCCGUCUACGCCUUUCUCUCCGCCUCCUUCUGCAAAUGCACAGUUGUACGCUUCGCCUGCGACCCCACUCUCACCAUCUGCUGUUCAGGGUUCUCUGCUUUGUCCCUCACCUGCCCAGCCAUUCUCCCCUCCAGCUCCGCCACCAUACCUGUCUCCCACUGCCCCAAGUCAUCCACCUGCAUCAACCUGCAUCUCAGCCUCUCCCGCUUACGCCCUCAGUAACCCAUCCGAUUUGACCCAAGUCUCUUACCCUGCUCCUUCUCCCAACCAACACCAUCCAUCUCCGUCCGUCCACCCUUACAUCAACAUGACAGGAGCGGCGAGUCCCGCAUUGCCCCCUCAGGCCUCGUCCAAUGACUCCCUGUCCACACGGGAGCAGCGCAUCUCAGUCCCGGCUGCCCGCACCGGCAUCCUACACGAUGCCCGUCGGCGUAGCCAAAAGAAGCCAAUGUUCAGUGCGCUCACAAGCAAAGAUGUCUCUCCAAACCCCGACUUGUUGACGAUGGUCCAGAACAUGGAUGACCGAUUCGGGAGAACCCCGGCCGAGCCUGGAGCUGAGCCUGGAGCAGAGCCUGGAACAGCACCCGCCGGAGAGGCUGGACAUGAAUCGGGGCCCGAGGAGGACUGGCUGAGGCUGGGAGCGGAGGCCUGUAACUUUAUGCAGGCCCAGCGAGGACCCAGGCCACCGCCAGUAGCUCCCAAACCCCAGAGCCCUCAAGUGCCGCAGCUCGGGGGGAAGGGAGGUCAGCUGUUCGCCCGCAGACAGAACAGGAUGGAUCGGUAUGUUGUUGAGCGAUCUCCAUCUGUGGCCGCAGCCCCUUACUCGCCCGCUCAGACACGGGAGCCCUCGCCCACACCUUCACUUCCCUCUGCCUGGAAAUACUCGUCCAGCAUUCGCGCUCCACCCCCCAUCAACUACAACCCGCUCCUCUCUCCUUCUUGUCCUCCAAAGGCUCAGAAGAAACCAGAGGUGGCAAAGUCGGGGACUGCUACCCCUAAGGGGAAGAGGCCAGGUAUGACGUCUGUGGACAUUAUGAGCCACCAACCAUACCAGCUCAACUCUUCCCUGUUCAGCUAUGGAAGCGGGACUCCCCAGGACACCCCUAACCAUCAGCAGCAGAGGGGAACGACCGGUGCGCCUCAGAAGACAGCGAGAGUCUAUGAGGUGAAGCGGUUCUCCACACCCCCACCGGUGGCCACAGGGCCUGCCCUCAAAGUCAUCGUUCCUCGAUCAGCUACAACCCUCGGAGAACCACUGAGGCGCUCUGAUGUCACCUCUCCUCAGCCCACUGCUGGUUCCAUGCUUUACCAACAACAGCAGCCUCCAUCCCAGCCUUACCAGUCCCAGUGGGCCGCUUCCACUUUGUCUUCCCCACCCCCUCCCGCCCCGUCUGCACCACUCCCUCAGCUCCCCACCUUCUCCUCUACUCUUGCCCCAAAUGCUGUCCAGAUUCCUACCUUUACUCACCUUCAGCCACCGGCGGUUCCGCAGGCCAACAGGCAGUUUAAAAGUGCCCCGGAUCUAAGUCCUCUCGGCCCGGCUGGUACCCCACAGGCCGUAUCCGGCAGCUCUCAGCCCACAAGGGUCCCCCGGCCACGGUUCAGCACCUCCAACCUGGGCCUGCAGCCUUGUGUGUGGCGUCCUGGAUCCACAACGCACUGAAAUAGGUCCUCGUCUGGACAUGAUAAACGAAGCUCUGUGGGAUUUUUAAACAAUGUGUUCUUAGUUUUUUGAUAGUCUUGUUCCAGCCUGCAGAAGGGGUUUCAUCAGUCCUGUUUGAUCACAUUUCAUGUUUUGACUGGCCGCACGUGUAGCAUACUUUGAUAUUUAAUUUUUUUUUUAGCAAUAAUCCAUCCCGAUAUUUCUCAAAGCUGUGAAAAGGAACCCAGUUUUGGGAGGUGGGAAUUCAGUGUGGGCACAUGUGAUGUUUAAGGUAUGGAAACAAACCAUGGACUGUCGAAGAAGAAAUUACUGAUGGGAAAAACUGAUAUGAAGUUCUGUAAAUAUUGUCCAGAAUUAUAAAGUUAAAUGGUGAAAAAAGAGGAACAGAGGAUGUGUAAUUAUAAGACUGCUUAUUAGCAAGGUGGAAUAAUGGGAAAGGAUAAACAUGAAUGAAAGAUAAGUAAUGGUUGAAAAACUAGUUAGUAGAAGGUUCAGAUUUGACUUAUAACUCCAACAACCUGUAACAUCCCACCUGUUACUAUUCGACUACAAUAUAUUUCAAUAGUCGUUUUACCAACAACAUUUAUAUAUAUAUGUGCUUGUGUGUGUGUGUGUGUG